UAAAAUAAAAUAAUAAAAUCAAAAUCAAAAAUCAAAAACCCAAUCAUAUUGUAUACACAUUACACUAAUACAAUAUCAAUAUUUUCCAAUUAAGUAUGAUUAUUCGGGCCGGGUCGGGUCACGUGGGUGCAAUGUAUGUGUCACAUGCCAGCCAAUUUAUGUGACCGUUGGCUAAGGCUAGCUCAUAUCAAAGAAAAAAAGAAGGGCGUGGUUUAGUUCAUCCAACGGCCAUAUAUUUUCACUAGCCGUUGUAUUUGAAAAUUUAAGGGGGUUUAGGUUCGUGUAUUUUCCAGACAAUUUUUCCGUUGUUUCCGUUUUAAGGCAACAAUUUUAUUUCUUUCCUUUUUCUGUUUUCUUCUUCUUCUUUAUUUACCUGAGCUCUUGAAUGACUGAGUAAGAGAGAGAGAGAGAGAGAGAGAGAGAGAGAGAGAGAGAGAGAGAGAGAGAGAGAGAGAGAGAGAGAGAGAGAGAGAGAGAGAGAGAGAGAGAGAGAGAGGAGAGAGAAAGUGAGAGAGAGAGAGAAAGAGAGUAUAAUUAGUAAAUGAACUAAUUAUACCUCAGAUUUUUUGUUCAUUUUUGUUCAUAAUCAAGAGAAGUAGUUAAGAUUUUUCUGGGGUUUUUAUUAAUUUUUCUGGGGUUUUUGUUGAUUUUUCUGGGGUUUGAUUUAUUCUUUGUUAUUUGAUUGAGAUUAAUUAGAUCUUGAGAUUAUAAUUAGCAAAGAUGAUUAACAAUGAAAAUCAAAGUAUUCCCAAUUUCCAAGGUCCCAGAAAAUUUGGGCAUGAAGCUAAAAGAACAAGAAGAGCAUUAAGUGUGAUUAAUCAGAAUUUGGUUGGAUCUCAGCCUUAUCCUUGCGUUGUUAACAAAAGACCCGAUUCACAAAAAUGUGUAAUUUUUGACGAAAACAUCCCCAAUCCUGUACAAAGACCAGUCACAAGGAAAUUUGCUGCUGAAAUUAAUAAUAAACAAGAAAUCAAAGUUCAAAAUUCAAGUGAAGUUAUUGAAGAUGUUAAAAUAAUAGAUGUGGAGUGUAAGACAAUUACAGAUGUGCCUGUGCCAAUGUCAUUGGAAAAGCCUGAAUCUGCAGCACAAAAUCAGAUUAAUGAGAUGGAAGAGGUUGAGAUGGAAGACAUCUUUGAAGAUCCAAUCUUGGACAUUGAUGGCCGUGAUUCAAAAAACCCUCUUGCUGUUACUGACUAUAUUGAUGAUCUUUACCUUUAUUAUAAGAAAAUGGAGGCAUGCAGCUGUGUAUCACCAGAUUACAUGUCACAGCAAUUUGACAUUAAUGAAAAGAUGAGGGCUAUACUGAUUGACUGGCUUGUUGAGGUACAUUACAAAUUUGAACUUAGGGAUGAGACCUUAUUUCUCACAGUACAUCUAAUAGACAGAUUCCUAGCUAAACAUACAAUGGUGAGAAAGAAGCUGCAAUUAGUGGGUUUAAUUGCAAUGUUGUUAGCUUGCAAAUAUGAAGAAGUUUCUGUACCUGUUGUUGAAGAUUUAAUCUUUAUUUCUGACAAAGCUUAUACUAGAGAAGAUCUUCUUGAAAUGGAGAAAAUAAUGCUCAACACAUUGCAAUUUAACAUUUCUUUGCCAACCCCAUAUGUUUUUCUAAGAAGAUAUCUGAAAGCUGCUGAAUCUGACAAGAAGCUUGAGCUGCUGUGCUUUUAUCUGAUUGAACUUUCUUUGGUGGAGUAUGAAAUGAUCAAAUUUCCACCUUCACUGUUAGCUGCUGCUGCAGUGUAUACAGCACAGUGCAGUUUGUAUGGCUUUAAACAGUGGAGCAAGAGCUGUGAGUUUUACACAAACUACACUGAAGACCAGCUCCUGGAAUGCUCAAAGCUUAUGGUCAAUUUCCAUCAAAAGGCAGGAACAGGAAAGCUAAGUGGAGUACAUAGGAAAUAUUCAACUUCAAAGUUUGGUUAUGCAGCAAAAUUUAACCCAGCAACCUUUCUCCUCAACAAUUGAGUCUAAUGAGAAAGGAUUACUGUAUAGUUUACUGACUAUACAAGAAAUUUGGUAAUUACAACAAAAUGACAUUUGAAAACUACCCAUUUAAUCUCUAUUUGAGGGGGUGUGGCUAAUAAUCUUGAUUGGCUUUUAGGAUAUUGAUAUUGACAAUAUUUACCACCCUUUGUUUAUGUUUCUUGCAAAACAUCCACAUUGUAUUUCAUAUUCAAUUUUUUGAAUAAAUACAGAUUCAACUGCUUAUAUUCUGUUAAA